UUAGGUCACUCUUUUCAAGAAAUAUAAAGAAAUACAUUUAAAUGGAGAAAUGGAAUCAGAGCUCAAGUGAUUUUACUCUGUUAGGACUGCUUCCACAAAACCAAACAGGCCUGCUACUUUUGAUGCUUAUCAUCUUUGUCUUCUCUCUGGCUUUGUGUGGCAACUCAGGAAUGAUCCACCUCAUUCGUGUGGAUCCAAGGCUCCACACCCCCAUGUACUUUCUCCUCAGUCAGCUCUCUCUCAUGGACCUGAUGUACAUUUCUACCACUGUUCCCAAGAUGGCAUUUAACUUCCUUUCUGGCCAGAAAAGCAUCUCUUUUCUGGGCUGUGGAGUGCAAUCCUUCUUUUUCCUGACUAUGGCAUGUUCUGAGGGCUUGCUCCUGGCUUCCAUGGCUUAUGAUCGUUUUGUGGCUAUCUGCCAUCCCCUUCAUUAUCCCAUUCGCAUGAGCAAAAUAAUGUGUCUGAAGAUGAUCAUAGGAUCCUGGAUAUUGGGCUCAAUCAACUCUUUAGCACAUACUGUCUAUGCCCUUCAUAUUCCUUACUGCCAUUCUAGGUCCAUUAACCAUUUCUUCUGUGAUGUUCCAGCCAUGUUGCCCCUGGCCUGUAUGGACACUUGGGUUUAUGAGUACAUGGUGUUUGUGAGCACAAGCCUGUUUCUCCUACUUCCUUUCCUUGGUAUCACAGCUUCCUAUGGUCGGGUCCUUUUUGCUGUCUUCCACAUGCGCUCAAAAGAGGGAAAGAAGAAGGCCUUCACCACAUGCUCAACUCACUUAACUGUUGUGACAUUUUACUAUGCACCUUUUGUCUAUACCUAUCUUCGACCUAGGAGUCUUCGCUCCCCAACAGAAGAUAAGAUUCUGGCUGUUUUCUACACUAUCCUUACCCCCAUGCUCAACCCCAUCAUCUAUAGUCUGAGGAAUAAGGAGGUCCUGGGGGCCAUGACAAGAGUCCUUGGUACUUUUCCUUCAACAAAACCUUAACCAUUCAUUCUCUACUCCUCUUUAAGUUCCUCUGUGGAAUGUCAUAGA